CCGCCCGGUGCCGCCGUUCCCGCCAUGACGCUCCUCGCCGCCGGCACCCGCGCGGCCGCGCGCCUCCGCGGGCCCAAGAACCCCCCCUGCGUCCUCUUCGCCGCCCGCCGCGCCAGCGCCGCUACGAACCUGAAGGACGUCCUGGCCUCCAUGAUCCCCAAGGAGCAGGCGAAGAUCAAGAGCUUCCGGCAGCAGCACGGCAGCACGGCCAUCGGCCAGAUCACGGUGGAUAUGGUGUACGGCGGGAUGAGGGGCAUGAAGGGGCUCAUCUACGAGACCUCGGUGCUGGAUCCCGAUGAGGGCAUCCGCUUCCGGGGGUACAGCAUCCCCGAGUGCCAGAAGCUGCUGCCCAAAGCCCCGGGGGGCGAGGAGCCGCUGCCCGAGGGGCUCUUCUGGCUGCUGGUGACCGGGGAGAUGCCCACCCAGGAGCAGGUGACCUGGGUGUCUCGGGAGUGGGCCCGGCGCGCGGCGCUGCCGUCGCACGUGGUGACCAUGCUGGACAACUUCCCCACCAACCUGCACCCCAUGUCCCAGCUGAGCGCCGCCGUCACCGCGCUCAACAGCGAGAGCAAGUUCGCACGCGCCUACGCCGAGGGCGUCCAUCGCGCCAAGUACUGGGAGUUUGUCUAUGAGGACGCCAUGGACCUCAUCGCGAAGCUGCCGUGCGUGGCGGCCAAGAUCUACCGCAACCUGUACCGGGAGGGCAGCGGCAUCGGCGCCAUCGACCCCAGCCUCGACUGGUCCCACAACUUCGGUAACAUGCUGGGCUACGGCGAGCCCCAGUUCAUCGAGCUCCUGCGCCUCUACCUCACCAUCCACAGUGACCACGAGGGGGGCAACGUCAGCGCCCACACCAGCCACUUGGUCGGCAGCGCCUUGUCCGACCCCUACCUCGCCUUCGCCGCUGCCAUGAACGGGCUGGCAGGGCCCCUGCACGGGCUCGCCAACCAGGAGGUGCUGCUGUGGCUGACGGAGCUGCAGAAGGAGCUGGGCACGGAGGUGUCGGAUGAGAAGCUGCGGGAGUUCAUCUGGAACACGCUCAACUCGGGCAGGGUGGUGCCGGGCUACGGGCACGCGGUGCUGCGCAAGACGGACCCGCGCUACAGCUGCCAGCGGGAGUUCGCGCUCAAGCACCUGCCCCAGGACCCCCUCUUCAAGCUCGUGGCGCAGCUCUACAAGAUCGUCCCCAACGUGCUCCUGGAGCAGGGCAAGGCCAAGAACCCCUGGCCCAACGUGGACGCCCACAGCGGGGUCCUGCUGCAGUACUACGGCCUCAAGGAGAUGAAUUACUACACGGUGCUGUUCGGGGUCUCGCGGGCCCUGGGGGUCCUCUCGCAGCUCAUCUGGAGCCGGGCCCUGGGCUUCCCCUUGGAGCGCCCCAAGUCCAUGAGCACCAAGGGGCUCAUGCAGCUCGUGGGCUACAGAGCCGGGUAGGGACGGGAUGGAU